AUGGCGGAUUCAGUGGCUCAAGACGCUCAUGGGUAUGACCAUGACAAUUUGCGCCAUGUGGUUAUCACAUCGACGUGUUUUGCUUUUAUACUGUCUACUACAGCAGUCGGUUUCAGAAUCAUUUCCCGGGCAAUCAAUGGAAAGGGCCUCUUCUUGGAUGAUUGGCUCAUUAUCCUGGCGCUGACACUAUUCACAGGCGCGAUUCUAUAUACCGGCUGUAUCUUGUUCAUCAAACUAUCCAUCCUUGCUCUCUACAGGAGACUCUUUCCCACCAAGAGCAUGAAGGCAGCUGUCAACAUUACAUCCCUUAUCGUGAUUCUAUGGGCCGCCUGUGGUAUUCUUGCUGGAUGCUUUACUUGUAUACCAACCGAGAAAGCAUGGUACCCAAUGCUAGAAGGCGGCUGCAUGAAUCUCUCCAAGUUUUACUACGGUCUUCAGAUCCCGAACAUUGCGACUGACGCAAUCAUUUUGGUUAUGCCUAUGCCCAUCGUUUGGAAGCUCCCUAUCUCCAAGGCUCAAAAGACGGGUCUUUCUGCCAUCUUCGUUCUCGGAGUGUUGACCCUUGCCUUUGAUAUUGUCCGACUGGUUGUCUUGAUUGAUCUCUCUAAAAGGGCGGACGACAUCACUUAUGACCAAGUCCCAUCGAGCGUGUGGACAUGUAUUGAGCCCGCUGUUGGAAUUGUGGCGGCCUGUCUUGCCAAUAUGCGUCCUUUGUUUAAUUUCAUGCACGUUAGAGUAUGGUCCAAAAUUACAACUCGCUAUGCCACCAACUCGAAAAAUUCCAGUGCUUCGCAGAUCAACGAAAAGGGAAAUUGGAAGCACUCGACACCAAGCCCUGAGCCCCAACACAACCACAGCGCUCCCUCGAGUCCUAUUAGCGACAACUCCCACUCAUCUUCCCUGGGCCAGUCGCCGGCCCAUAAUCAAUCGGCCGUCUAA